CAGGAUAUUUGUCAUUUUGACAUUUGUUUUGUUAUCAUUUCGUUACUUUUUCGUGUUUGUUUUGAUUUCAAAAAUAGGACUUAGUUUGAACGAUUGUUUACAACUUCAUUAUUUCAGGCUUAAUUUUGGAUAACAUGUAACCAGUUCUACUAUAAAUUACUUUACAUAGGUAGACUCUUAUAAAUAAAAUAGUAAAAGCUAAACUAAACAAUACAGUAUGUUAGAAGUCUGUAUUGAUAGUUUGGAAUCAGCUAUAAACGCAAUUCACGGUGGUGCCGAUGAGUUGGAAGUAUGUAGUUCACUACCAGAAGGUGGGUUGACACCAUCCCCUGGACUUGUAAAGGAAAUAUUAAAAAUGAUGGAUAACAUUUCUUGUGGCAAACCAAUUUAUAAGCAUUGUACAGAUUUUUGUUGCAAAAAUAUAAAGAGACCGAAAAUAAACAUAAUGAUAAGAUGUAGAGGUGGCUCAGACUUUUGCUAUACUACACAAGAAAUGGAUACAAUGUUGUCAGAUAUUGAAUAUUAUAAAACUCUGAAUGUUGAUAGAUUUGUCUUCGGAGCAUUAAAAGAAACUUAUAACAUAGAUGAAGAAAGUUGUCAAAGAGUAAUUACAGCUGCAUAUCCUGUACUUGUAACUUUUCAUAGGGCUUUUGAUAUAUGCCUGGAUCCUAGUUAUACCUUAGAUAGAAUAAUUAAAUUAGGUUUUACUAGAUUACUAACAAGCGGACAACAAGAAUCAGCUAAUGAUCCAAAAGCUAUUGAAUUAUUACAAAAACUUUUAAUUAUAAAUGAAGAUAGAAUUGAAAUAAUGCCAGGCGCUGGUGUGAAUGCAGAUAAUGUUAAAGAUUUUGUUGAAAUUGGAUGUAAAAUAAUACAUAGUUCUUGUAAAACUUGUAAAGAAAUAAAUGUUAAGAGUGAAUUGUCUAUGGGCACAAAUUCAACUGAAUACAUUUUUUAUACAGAUGAAAAUAUUGUUAGAAGUGUUAAAGAGGUUUUAAUGAAAACUGUAGAUGGUAAAAGGAUUAAUGUUUUAAAACAAUAA